UUUCUCUUGACAUCCAAUGUUGACGAGAUUUUAAUUUCCAUGUGUUAUUAGAUUCUUAAUUAAUAGUAAACAAUGCCGAAGAAAAAAGGAAAUGUUUCAAAAAAGAAUGCUGAAGAAAACGGUUUAGAUUCUAGUUCCAAAAAGAUUGAUUUAGAUGAUGAAACAAAUGAAAACUUCAAGAAAAAUUUAGUCUUGGAUGACAGUCCUGACGAAAAAGGUGGUGGUGAAGCAGAUAAAGCUGAAACAAAGAAGAAAUCCAAUAAGAAGAAAGAAAAAGGUCCAAAGAAGAAAGUGCCAGAGCCUUCGAAAAGAGCAGAAAGUCCUUCUCAAGAAGAUUUUGAAGCAGAUGAGGAUAUAGAGGACCUUGAUGAAAAUGAAAAUUUGUCAGCUGAUGAAAAUGAUGGAAAAGAAGAAGCAAAACCAAAACCUAAACUUACCCACAAAGAAAAGAAAAAGAUGAAGAAGCAGAUGGACUAUCAAAAACAAGUAGAGCUGCUUGCAGGCAAAGCAGAUGAACAAUUCACUGUAUCGCAGGCAGAAAAAUCUGCUGCCCAACAACUUCAGCUGGAGAAUGCUGUAGAUAUCAAGGUGGAAAAUUUUUCUAUAUCAGCCAGAGGAAAAGAUUUAUUUAUCAAUGCUAGUCUGCAUAUCACAGCAGGAAGGAGAUAUGGUCUAGUUGGUCCCAAUGGGCAUGGUAAAACUACAUUAUUGAAACACAUUGCCAAUCGUUCCCUAAACAUUCCUCCAACAAUCGAUGUCUUGCUGUGUGAGCAAGAGGUUGUGGCUGAUGAAACUCCUGCCGUUGAGGUGGUUCUUCGGUCAGAUACAAGACGUUGCCAACUCAUGGACGAAAUGCGAGCAUUAGAAGCUGAAAUGGCAAAAGGAAACAUAAAAAAACAAGACAGACUUAAUCAGGUGUAUGAAGAGUGGCGAAUAAUUGGUGCAGACUCUGCUGAAGCUCGUGCAAGGCGUAUCUUGUCCGGUUUGGGGUUCACUCGAGAAAUGCAAGACAGACAGACACGCUACUUCUCUGGAGGAUGGAGAAUGAGAGUGUCGCUUGCAAGAGCCCUUUUCAUGGAGCCUACUUUACUUCUACUUGAUGAACCUACAAAUCAUUUAGAUCUAAAUGCUGUCAUUUGGUUGGAUAAUUAUUUGCAAUGCUGGAAAAAGACUCUUUUAGUGGUGUCUCACGAUCAGAGUUUCUUAGACAAUGUAUGCACAGAUAUCAUUCAUUUGGAUAAUCUGAAGCUCUUUUACUACAGAGGAAAUUACAGUCAGUUCAAGAAAAUGUAUGUACAGAAACGAAAAGAAUUGGUCAAAGAGUAUGAGAAACAGGAAAAACGGCUGAAAGAAAUGAAAGCUUCCGGCAAAUCUACAAAAGUUGCCGAAAAAGCAACUAAAGAUGCACUUACCCGUAAGCAGGGCAAAGGUCAAAAGAAGGCUUCCCAGGGAGGGGAUCCAGAUGCAGGACCCCAAGAGCUCAUCAAGAGACCAAAGGAGUAUCUUGUCAAAUUCAGAUUUCCAAAUCCUCCACCCCUUAAUCCACCCAUCAUGGGCUUGCAUAAUGUUGAUUUUGCAUACCCUGACAAACCCUUCCUUUUUAAAAAUGUAGACUUUGGCAUAGAUAUGUCUUCCAGAGUGGCAAUUGUUGGACCCAAUGGAGUUGGCAAAACAACCUUUUUAAGACUGUUAACUGGUGACUUGACCCCAACUCGUGGCGAACAAAGACAAAAUCACCGCUUAAGAAUUGGAAAGUUUGAUCAGCAUUCUGGAGAGCAACUAAAUCUUGAAGAGUCACCUGUAGAAUACUUGCAACGCCUAUUCAACUUGCCUUAUCAAGAAGCUCGCAAACAGCUCGGGAGUUCGGGUCUUGUAGGACAUGCCCACACGAUCCCUAAUCGAGACUUAUCUGGAGGACAGAAAGCACGUGUUGCUCUUGCUGAACUCUCGCUAAGAGCUCCUGAUGUGCUCGUUCUUGAUGAACCUACAAAUAACUUAGACAUUGAAUCUAUUGAUGCAUUGGCAGAAGCUGUCAAUGAAUUUGAAGGAGGAGUGGUGAUUGUGACCCACGACGAACGAUUAAUCAGAGAAACAAAUUGUCAAUUGUGGAUAAUUGAAAAUCAGAACAUUGAUGAAAUUGAUGGUGACUUUGAUGAUUACAGAAAGGAACUGCUCGAAUCUUUAGGAGAGACCAUUAACAAUCCAAGUAUAGCAGCACAACAAGCUAUGAAACAAGUUGAAUGACAUUAAUAACACUAUAGGCAAUCUAAUAAAAUUAAUUUCCAAAUUCUA